AUGGUGGUCGACGUAGACUCCGCUAGGGCAAAAAUUCCCGCCGACCCGACCAUCCCCCUACCGCCAGGGACGAAAGGGGCUCCCGAACCCGAGCCAGACCGGUACUCGCCGCGUUCGGACACGGAGCAGCCGCCGCCAAUUGGACCAUUUCCAGAAAACGACUACAUGUAUCUGACCGUAGAGGACUUGUUGGCAGCCGACGAGAAAGAUGACGCCUUCCUGCAAAACAUUCUGCGCGACGAUUUUGCGGAAGCCGCCUUCGACAUCAACAAAGAGCUCGCCAAGAAGAACAGAUUGCUGAGGAUGAUGUGGGAUUUCCGGCAUCUGGACACGCUGGAGGCGAGAACGACCCGUAUUCAGUACCUUCGGGCGCUGCUCGACUUCAGGAGAUGGUGCUGCGCGAACCUUCCAAGACAGCAAACCGCCAGAGUCAAGGGGGACGGCGUGCUGGAACACGAGGACGAGAUAGGGAGGUACAUCGACGCAGACAUGGAUGAUCAGUGGCACACCGCCAAGGGCGACCUACAAUGGAUGCACGGUCCCCGCGUCAACGCCACGCGGAUCAGGGCGUACAUUCUGUCAAUCGCGAGGCAGCAUGGUAUUGCAAAGGCCGAGGAGCUCGAGGAGCUGAAUCUCGACGUCCGUGUCCAGCCCCUGAAGCCGACAACCGUUUCGAUGCUGCUCAUCCACAUCAAAGCGCUCCAGACAGCCUGCAAGGUCGAGGGGACGCUCUUCGGGGUGAAGGAGCUCCACAUCAUGUACGACAUCUCCGAGGUCCACUCGGAGGUGCGCGCGAUGGUCAGAGAGAAGUGGCACAGGGACGACAUGGAUUGCGUCGACCGGCACCGCGGAACGCUCGGCGACACGUACACCACCGACCAGAUCCGCCACCUCAUGUUCAAGGUCUUGCCGACCUGGGCAGCUCGGGCGUACGAACCCAAGGCGGCCAGCCCCUCCCAGACACUGUGGAAGUUUCUGCUGAUGAAGACGAUGACCCUCUUGGGUCACCACACCCUUCUCCGCGGAGCCAGUCUCCGAGCGAUCGAGCUCCCCGACCUGUUUUUGUACAGAAUGGGGAACGCGUCGCCCGAGCACUCCACGCGACGGCCGGUUGUCAUGGUCGUCGCGUCACGAAACUCCGAGACGAACAAGGAUGCUCGUCUGCAUCACAGCUACGCGGCGAGACACCUGGAGCAAGAGAUGUGGGCCGUCGGUCACACACUGUUGUGGCUGCACUUCGUGUACGACCAGCUGAGCCGCUCGCCCACCUCUCGAUGUGUGCCGCCCCUCGACUUCACAACUCCGUACAGCUGGUAUCACAAGCACCUCUUUCAUGCUCGGAACAAAAAGGCACAAAAAGAGCUGCCGGCUUCAUCUCAUUCUCGGAUCACGAAAGAGAUGUGGCGGACGAACAAGAUCUUCAUCACGCGCAACACCCACGCCGCCCGGGCAGGUGGGGCACAGGAGCUGGCCGACGACGGUGUUCCGCGAUCUGACAUCGCCGACUUGGGCCACUGGGCGCUCGACAAGCUCGCGAAGAGCUACAUCACGACCAUCCCGAAGGCGGCGGUGUUGAGAAAGGCCGGCUACACGGGCAAGCGCGGCGACUACCACCUCGGCCGGAGCAUGGUGAAGCCCGACGACAAGGUGGUGGCCCUCAUCGCCCAGCACAUCUUUCCGUGGGCGGAAGCGGAACUGGCCAAGGUGAGCAUUUCGGACGGCAAAAACGCCGACAACCCGCCGAACAUUUCCACGACGACAUUCUACCGACGGCUGAUUGUGUUUGUGUUUGUGUUCGACUCGCAGGCGGUAAGGUGCACAUCUGCGAGAGAGCUCAACAUGGCCGGGGUGCACUUCCUGCAAUCGCUCAUCGAGUUCGGCCGCCGAAUCGUCGCCGAGGAUCUUGCGUGCAUGCUGAUGCGCGAACCGUGGCACCCGUGCGUCCAGAGUUCCAAGCUCUGCCGCGACCCCGACUUCCAGAAAUGGGCCAAGGACGUCAACCGGGUGGACCUCGAAACCAUCGCGACGCGCAGUACUCCGAGCGAGAACCCCCAAGAGGUCGAAAAGGGCGACAAACCCGCCGCGUCGGCGAAGUCGGCGAAGAGCUCUCGUCCCACGACCGAGGUGGGUGAUACGGGGAAAAACGAUGCGCUGCAGCACUGCACUCGCCGGAUGAGGCGGAUCAUGGAAGCGGUGCACGACUUGCGGCGGAGCGACGACGCCGCUGACACCGCCACCGUCAUCAAGCUACUCGACCACCUGGGGCGAGCGGGGCUUUCCACUUUCAGCGACGCGCUCUUGGUCCUCCGUGCAACCCCGCCCAUCAAGGUCCCCACCACAGCCGACGGAAAGUCGAUCGACAUCAAGGGUCUGGACAAGCCGCUGGCGAGGAAGCUCGCCGUUGCGUGGGGCGUGGUCACGGCGGGCUACAUGGACGCUGACUGGGGAAAGAGGCUCUUCGACGACUUGUGGGAUGAGCAUGCCAAUAAGGCCGGCUUGGAGGCCGAGGCGACGGCGGGAGCCAUCGGCGCAGGGAAGCGCAAGAGGGCGGGCCGAGGGUACUGCGUCUGGGUCCGACUUGUGCUGCUGGCUGGGCGUGGUGUGACUGAGGGUGGGUUGAGGGCGGGCCGAGGGCGGGCUGAGGGCGGGCUGAGAGUGGGCUGGGGGUGUGCUGAGCGUGUCCGACCUGUUCUAGUGAUCCUAUAUGGUUUUCUUUUACUGCCAACGUUGUUUCGACUUGUAAAUUAG